GAUCUAUCUGUCUUCUGUAUAUACCCUGUAGAUCCGAAUUUGUGUAAGGAAUUUUGUGGUCACAAAUUCGUAUCUAGGGGAAUAUGUAGUUGACAUAAACACUCCGCUCAUUUUUUUCCCUGAAGAAAAAAAAAUUUUUUUUUUCUAAAUGAGGACCAUCCGGUGACUGUCCACUUGAAGACUCCUUUUUUUUUUUCUUUCUUCCUCUUUCUUUUCCUCUCUUGAAUGGCGAGAGAUGGAGGAAUCAUCUACCUGAAAUCUCCAUGGGAGAUGUGGUCCUUUUCCACUGCUCUCAAAAGGUUCAUGUUGUUGCUGCUGUUUUUAUUUUAUCCUCUCCCUUCACUCCGCCUAUUCGCUAUUUGGGGCUCAGGGAGGCGUCACUGAAAAUCCGGUGAAAAUCACUGUUGUCUUCGGUGUGCGAAGGCAAAGGAAAUUCGCUUUUCAAACGGAGCAGAGGUCGCCUUUCCGUUUGGGUUCAGAACAAGAUGCCCUGGAAAUACGCAAUUACCAAGGGGUGUUAUUGUGCGGGGGUCAUCCCUGGUUCCUAUCCCCAGCAUCACAAGGAUGUGAGAUUUCUGCUCGCUUCGGAGGCGGCCGCAUUAACGGCAAUUAGAACGUCUGCGGGCGGUGGUUAGCGUUGCUCCGGUGGUUCUGGAACUAACAAAUUGCUAUUCAACGUGCUCUCCAAAGUUGGAGGUUUUUUACUCCAGUGUUCACGUUCAGUGUGGGAAACCAAGUCGUUUCUGCUGGCUUGGGCCGCGUGGGCAAGGGGAGGAGUGGAUAAGAGAGGGGAACAGACGGACUGACUGACACAGCCAAACUAAUAGCGCAGCUAAAUGCGAUUUGGAAGGCGAGGUCUCCCCGAAUUAGUGCAUGAAUUUCCUAUCGAUCCGCCCGCGGUUCCAUUCAUCUCUGACAAGUCCCUCCGUGCACCCGCCUGCUUGCUCUGACGCCUCUUCUCUCACUCCCUACCCCUCCCCAUGCGGCUGCAGGGAAAAGCCCCAGGCUCAGUGCCUUUUCCCCGUGUGGGUUCCCCUCUCCAGGCGGAGCCCCUAGAACGCCCCUCACUUAAGUUCUCCGCACGGACACUGGGCGCAGGGGCUCCCUCCCGUCGUGAGGAGGGCCUGCGGCGGGGGGCUAAGGAAGGUAGGGAAUGCCGGGCAGAGGUGAAGCAGGACAGGAGGGGUCACACCCGGAGCCCCAACUUUGGAGGGGAGCCAGGGAUUGAGCUCUGCCCAGCGCCCCAACAGGCCCUCGGGUGGCAACCUGCUUGCUCCUUCUCCCUCUCUCUCUCUCCCUCUCCCCGAUCCUGGAGAGGCGAGGCAAGGAGGCGGUCGCCCCGCAGGAGCCCUAUGUAAAUCCUGGUGCUGCCUGAGGGGGGGGGGGGGGAGAGAAGAAGGGGAAAUAAACCUCUUUGGCUGGAGUAGGGUCCGGGUGAGCAGAUUUCCUUAUCCGGGAAUCGCAGGCGGGGCGGCCAUUGGCUCCGAGGAUCACGUGGGCCCCUAACUUUGUUCACUUGACAGUAAGUAGGAGGGCUUUCGGAAACAGGAAAACGAGUCAGGGGUCGGAAUAAAUUUUAGUAUAUUUUGUGGACAAUUCCCAGAAAUUAAUGGCUAUGAGUUCUUUUUUGAUCAACUCAAACUAUGUCGACCCCAAGUUCCCUCCGUGCGAGGAAUAUUCACAGAGCGAUUACCUACCCAGCGACCACUCGCCGGGGUACUACGCCGGCGGCCAGAGGCGAGAGAGCAGCUUCCAGCCGGAGGCGGGCUUCGGGCGGCGCGCAGCGUGCACCGUGCAGCGCUACGCGGCCUGCCGGGACCCUGGGCCCCCGCCGCCCCCGCCACCACCUCCGCCGCCCCCGCCACCGCCCGGGCUGUCCCCUCGGGCUCCCGCACCGCCGCCCUCCGGAGCCCUCCUCCCGGAGCCCGGCCAGCGCUGCGAGGCGGUCAGCAGCAGCCCCCCGCCGCCUCCCUGCGCCCAGAACCCCCUGCACCCCAGCCCGUCCCACUCCGCGUGCAAAGAGCCCGUCGUCUACCCCUGGAUGCGCAAAGUUCACGUGAGCACGGUAAACCCCAAUUACGCCGGCGGGGAGCCCAAGCGCUCUCGGACCGCCUACACUCGCCAGCAGGUCUUGGAGCUGGAGAAGGAAUUUCACUACAACCGCUACCUGACGCGGCGCCGGAGGGUGGAGAUCGCCCACGCGCUCUGCCUCUCGGAGCGCCAGAUCAAGAUUUGGUUCCAGAACCGGCGAAUGAAGUGGAAAAAAGACCACAAGUUGCCCAACACCAAGAUCCGCUCCGGAGGCCCCGCAAGCGCAGCCGGAGGGCCCCCUGGCCGGCCCAACGGAGGCCCCCCCGCGCUCUAGUGUCCCCCCCCCCGCGCGGGGGCCGCGAACCUCGGGGUGGGGGUGGGUUGCGAGCGCGGGGGGCGGGGGGGGGCGAUGCGGGAGGGGACCCUGGGGCCUGGGCCCCGAAAAGCCUACCUGCCCUCCCCCCACUUUGUCUAUUUACAAGAAUAAAUGCAGAGGAGGGGGGGAGGGGAAGCUUUAUUUAUAGAAAUGACAAUAGGGAGGCGGGCGAGGCCCCCCAGAAGCAAGGUUCAAGUCUCUUGCUUUCUUCCUUAAAAAAAAAAAAAAAGAAGAAGAAGAAGAAAAAGAAGAAGAAGGAAGAAAGAAAAAGACAGAAAGAGAAAUAGGAGGAGGCUGCGCUCCUCAUUUUCAGCUUUGGCGAAGAUGGAUCCACGUUUCAUCUUUAAUCACGCCAAGCCCAGGCCCAUCUGUCUUGUUUACUCUGCCGAGGAGAGGACGGGCCUCGGUGGCGACCAUUACCUCGACACCCGGCUAACAAAUGAGGCCCGGCCCGGCCCGCCGCCGCCUCUGCUGCUGCCGCUGCUGGAAGACAGCCUGGAUUUUCUUUCUUUGUCCCCCAUUCCUGACACCCAGCGAAAGCACCCUCUGACUGCCAGAUAGCACAGUGUUUUGGCCACGGUAACAAACAUACACACACGCGCGCACACACACACACACACACACCCUCCCUCCCCCUCCGUGGGCGUUCACGGGAGGCUGACCGCUCACCCCCUUCCACCUCUGGGGUGGGGGGUGGGGCUCCGGGAGGGGCGGCAGGAAGGGAACAAGUGGAGGUGGGGGCUGCCUGGGCCACGCGGGAGCAGGGCAGGGCAAUUGAGUCCAAGAGAAAGAGAGAGACUUGGAGACCAGGAGGGUCUUCCUUUAGAAGGUCAAGCCUUUCCAGGUGGGCUGGGAGGGGGGCGGUUGUGUUCUGAGAGCCAGCACCACCCUCUCCCCCAUCAGGAGUUGUGCAGUGGAGGCCUUUUCUCCUAGACUGAAGUGAAUGUGAAGCUAGGAAGUAAGAUGUCCUGCCCUUCCCACCGGGAGAUGAGGUUACAGAGACCUCUCCCAUAGUUUACCGUUGUUGCAUUGGUUAUUAUUAUUAUUAAUUAUUAUUAUUAUUUUAUGUCAUGUGCGUCCUCUUUCCUAUUCUCUUUCUGACAUUCCAAACCAGGCCCCUUCCUAGUUCUGGGGCAAUCUGAGGCUAGAACCCUUCGUUGGUGUGAAAAUGUGUGUCCUGUACAGAGUGACAAUAGAAAUAAAUGUUUGGUUUCUUGUGA